GAUCAUGGGUAAUACAUCUCCCUUCCCUUCUCGCCAUGCGGGAGGAGGGACGAUUGUGCUUCAGCAAAUCCUCCUGAAUUUGGACCGAAUGUUGUGAAUCUUCGACGCUUGACGCCCCUGAUCGCGACUUUAGUGGACUAAAACAUCAUUCGUACAAUCUUCGUGUCCGGUUGGAGUCGUCUCGUGCACGUUGAAGCUUCUCGGCCUAGCUUAGUUUAGCUUAGCUUGCUAACAAAGAAACGCGUUUGUGAGCAACACUUCGCUAAGCAGAGAUCAAGCGUGAGAGCAGAAAGUGUUGCGAUCGUCGUGUGAAAAUGUGUGCAAGGAGGACAGCAGAGAACGGGGAGGAACUUUGUGGCCCAAAAGGGGAGAAGGAGCCACAACGUCAACUACUGGACGCUGUGUUCAAUCUGCAGCCUCGAAUUGUGCUACACAGAGCAGACGUCAGUGAAAAUCUUCAUCCUGAGCGGCAGCAGUCAGUGUCCCCUCACAUCAAAGAGGAAGAGGAGGAUGAAGAGGUUCAACACAUCAAAGAGGAGGAGGAAGAGUUCCUUCGCAUUAAAGAGGAAGAGCAGGAGGGAAUCAUCAAGGUUCCAUCGACUGGUGUCCCUUUGAAGAGUGAAGAUGAAGGUCAAAGUGAGGAGAGACGAGGGGUGGAGCCAUCAAACAGCAACAACUCAAGUGAUGGAGACCACUGUGGAGGAUCACAAACAGACGGUGAUGAUGAUGAUGAUGUUGAUGAACAGUUGGAAGGUGAUAUGACAUGUCACACUACCAGCAAAUGCUGGAAAUGUUCUAAAUGUAGGAAAACCUUUCCUUCUAAGAGCAAUUUCAAACAACACAUGAAAAUACACACUGGUCAGAAAUCUUUUGGAUGCUCAGUUUGUGGGCAAAGGUUCUCUCAGAAGGGAACCUUAAAAGGUCACAAAAGAACCCACUCUGGUGAGAAGCCUUUUGCAUGCUCAGUUUGUGGUCCAAGAUUCUCCCUCAAGGGAAGCUUAAAAAUACACACAAGAACCCACACCGGUGAGAAACCUUUUGGAUGCUCAGUUUGUGGUCAAAGAUUCUCCCGAAAGGAAAGCUUAAAAUUGCACACAAAAACACACACUGGUGAGAAACCUUUUGCAUGCCCAGUUUGUGGUCAAAGGUUCUCUCGAAAGGGACAUUUGACACUUCACGCAAGAACACAUACUGGUGAGAAACCUUUUGCAUGCUCAGUUUGUGGGCAAAGGUUCUCUCGAAAGGGACAUUUGACACUUCACGCAAGAACACAUACUGGUGAGAAACCUUUUGCAUGCUCAGUUUGUGGGCAAAGGUUCUCUCGAAAGGGACAUUUGACACAUCACGCAAGAACACACACUGGAGAGAAGCCUUUUGCAUGCUCAGUUUGUGGUCAAAGAUUCUCCAUAAAGAAAAGCUUAAAAAUACACACAAGAACACACACUGGUGAGAAACCUUUUGCCUGCCUAGUUUGUGGUCAACGGUUCUCUCAGAAGGGAACCUUAAAAGGUCACAAAAGAACCCACUCUGGUGAGAAGCCUUUUGCAUGCUCAGUUUGUGGUCAAAGGUUCUCCCUAAAGAAAAGCUUAAAAAUACACACAAGAACCCACACUGGUGAGAAACCUUUUGGAUGCUCAGUUUGUGGGGAAAGGUUCUCUCAGAAGGGAACCUUAAAAGGUCACAAAAGAACCCACACCGGUGAGAAACCUUUUGCAUGCUCAGUUUGUGGUCAAAGAUUCUCCCGAAGGGGAAGCUUAAAAUUACACACAAGAACACACACUGGUGAGAAACCUUUUCCCUGCACAGUUUGUGGUCAAACUUUCUCUCAGAAGGGAACCUUAAAAGGUCACACAAGAACACACACUGGUGAGAAACCUUUUGCAUGCUCAGUUUGUGGGCAAAGGUUCUCUCGAAAGGGACAUUUGACACUUCACGCAAGAACACAUACUGGUGAGAAACCUUUUGCAUGCUCAGUUUGUGGGCAAAGGUUCUCUCGAAAGGGACAUUUGACACAUCACGCAAGAACACACACUGGAGAGAAGCCUUUUUCCUGCUCAGGUUGUGGUCAAAGAUUCUCUCGUAAGGCUCUGGUUAAGACACACAAGUGUCCUGGUGAGACAAGCAGUGAUCAAGAAGAAUAACUGAAAUAUCACACAGCCAUAAGUAUUCAGACCACAGCAAAGGGUCUGAAUACUGAUGGCUGUGUGAUAUUUCACUUCUUCUUUUUUCAUAAAUCAGCAAAAAUUUCAACCAUUUUUUUUUUCUGUCAAUAUGGGGUGCUGUGUGUACAUUAAUGAGGGAAAAAAAUAAGUGAUUUUAGCAAAUGGCUGCAAUAUAACACAUAUAAAAUUUAAGGGGGGUCCAAAUACUUUCCGUACCCACUGUAUGUAUGUAUGUAUCGAUCAAAUAUAUGGAUAGAUCACAAAUUUGUUUCUGCAGAUGGCAUUGAGUGACAGAUGUGGACUGUCACAAUGUCGCACGACCCAUAACGAAGGUCUCCUGUCCCGAAACUGCGGCUGAUCUGAUUUGAGCUUAUCUGAUCCAUAAAAGCUAAAGUUUGAAGCUGUCAUGGGUAGAAAUGUCUGCAUAUAUUUUGGCGAUGAUUGUUGACAGUUGUGGGACAUGAAGCCACGUUUCUUGGGUUCAUGCAUGAGGCUUGCAAGGAUGUGGUGCUCGCCCGGCGUGUUUGUGUCAUUUUAAUGAUGGCGUCCUUAUCCAUCCCAAUCUAUAAGUUUGCGUUUUUUAUUUUUAUUUUUUUGUCAAGCACAUUAAAGUCGUGAUUGAACAUAAUUUCGGGGUACGAGCUGUUGUUCAUGUGAUGCAAAGAUAUAUGACAGCAAUGUAAGAUAUACAACGUAAUACCAGCUUGAACAAGGCGGUGUUUGGAAACUCAAGCAAUUUCCUGAAAAGUUGUCAUUUUGAAGGUGAGGGGAUUCCACCUGACAGCUGCGAUAUACAAAUAUGACCAAUGACUGCCACUUCAUAGUAUGGUACAUUCCUUUUCCCCACACCAGCUAUGCCAGUGCUUUUCAAUUUUGUUGAUGAAAAAGGGGCGUUCAAAAGGGAAUUAGUUAUUUACCAAUUGCUCCAAAAUGUAUUGACAUUAUUGGAAAU